GGACAAGCAUCCCACUCGCAAACCGGCACGCGUACAGCAUCAUCACCCACUUAAUCGCGACACUUUGCUUUGCUUAAGGAACUCCAACACAAGAACCAGAGCAGUUAUUUGGUUGUUUGGAUAGGCUGGUUGGCUACAAAGCCGCGCCCGGCGUAAUACACCCGUCGCCAUGGCUUCUUUUAACGACGCGACGGUCCCUGCGGCGCGCCGACAGCGCAAGUCCAUCGAUGGUCAGAUCCCCUCAUCUAGGAUGUUCGAGAAGGAAAAUGCGACCGUGGACCUCGGUAGCACACUUGCUGCCAACCGUAAGAAGUCGCGCAGCAAGAGUAUGGGACCGGGUGGGCUUGAUAUUUUGAAAAGUGGCAAUGGUAAUCGAAGAGCUUCUCUCGCUGCGCCAUCACGCCCACCUCCGAGGUCCAUUCUGAAGCCCACGAUUGGGCCCCUUCCCGAGAUCCCCUCGCUGAAGACGAAAAAGUCAAACCCCGCCGAUAGCCGCGACGGACAAGAUGGAGACCGCGAGGAAGGGUCGGAAUCCAAGAUUGCUCUGCGCACUGAAGAAGAACAACAAGCUGCAGCGCGAGAGCGCGAGGAGAGGGAACGGAGGGAAGCCCGGCGCAAGUCGCUCGCGAAUCGAAGAGUCUCCUUCGCCGCCGAAGCCACAUUGCACACAUUCCACGAAGUCGAGUACAUGCAAGACCCGACCUCGUCGACCGAUUCAACACGUCGUAGAUCGUCCAUUGUUCGCUCCGAGGCCAAUCAGUCUUCGGAUGCGGCAUCCAGACCUCAUGGAGAAGUGGAGGACCCGACCGAACCACCCCAGCAUCAAAGGAAGCGCAGGCGGAGUUCGUCUAUGGGACCAGCGAGCUUGCACCACUCUGACGACGAAUUUACGGCUUCAUCCUUCUACAGCUCUGACUCGGAACCGGUUGACGCUGUUGAAGAGGUCCAGAGCGAGGAAGACUCCGACGUAGACUCCAGUAGCGAUUCCGAUGCGGACGACGGCACUAUGGUCACGGUUGAGGACCAUGAGGUGACGAGUGCCUCUGUGACGUCUGGCUUCACCGCUCGGUUCCCAUCAUCACCAGGUGAUAAUAACACGUUGGAGGAAGCUCUUCGCAUGGCUUCGACAAGAGCAGGAACCCAGAGGCUGGACCAGGAUGAUUCAGACGGAGAAGAGGUGAUCCCGUCGUUUGGCUGGAUAAAGAAGAACAAGCCAACAGAACAAGAGAAGAGUUCUGACUUUCGCGACGUCACAAACAAUCUCGAAGACGCCGAUAAGGCAAGCGAUGCCGACGAACAGGAUAUGGACAUGGACAUGGACAUGGAAAUGACUCAGGCUGCCGGCGGUAUAAUUCGACAAGAUGCAGUCGAGGACGAAGAAGAGGAACAAGACAUGUCUAUGGACGUUACCCAUGCGUUGGGAGGCAUUCUGGCCCAUGCCAAGGGUGAGAAGGGCAGCGGUGCAGAAGCGACAAUGCAGGUCGACGAGACCAUGGAGUUGACCAGAGCCAUUGGCGGUAUUCGACGACCCGCGGCAUCAUAUUACGACGAUGACGACGAUGGCAACGAAGACAUGUCCAUGGAGAUAACAACUGCCCUAGGCGGUCUCUUGGCCGCUAACCAAGGACGGCCCGACUGGACGCGGCGUAAAUCGACGGUGUCGACCGCACAUGGAAGCCUUCACGACACGACCAUGGAUAUGGACAUGACUGUCGCCGUUGGCAAAAUACUGCCCGCAGCCGGCACCGACAACAACGAGGAUGAAGCAACAAUGGGCAUGGAUAAGACCACUGCCGUUGGCCGCAUCCUCCCUUCUGCCACCGUCGAUGACGAGGGCGAGGCGACCAUGGGUAUGGAGAUGACAACGGCUAUAGGGGGCAUCAUUAAGGGUACUUCUACUCCGGAGUCUCGUGUCGCGGCAAAGAAGUUUAUGGAAGCGGAAGUCGACAGGCCAGACCCCCCAUCGAAGUCUACGGCGAUCGAGUCCAAGUCACCAACGAGAAGCAUUGCGCCCGCCGCCAGACCGGCGUCGCAUACUGCGGGCCAACAAAGCCCAGCUCAGAAUCCCUUCAGAGGCGCUGGCCUCCGACGCAGUUUAGCCCAGCGACGUUCCCCGACUCCGGAGUCGUCUCCUUUCAAGGGAACACCGAGCCCCGUCGGAUCCACUUUCUCUUCUCGAGCUCGAACGGACGCGCGGUCGCCGACGAGAAGAACAGGGUCCCAAUCACCCUCCAGGGAACAUUCCUCACCAACGAGAACGUCUCCGUCUCGAACCAGAGCCAGCGGCGGGCGCACAAAACUGCCCGAUGGCAAGCCAGCGACCCCCUCACCAAGAAAGACGGCGAACAAAGCCUCUGAUAUUUUCCGGGAUGAUCCAAACACGGGAACCAGGACCCCUACCGUGGUUCUGACGCCGCAACCGCGGAGACACUCAGGUGUGGGGGCCGACAAGCCCGGCUUGGGAUCUCCUCGUGUAGCAGCCAUUUUUGACAGAAGAGGGUCUAUUGGCGAAACCGCCGAGAGCUUCGUCCCCGGUACUUCGCGUGGGGUGACUUUCGCGGAUCCUCGCGAAAUGGAAGAGGGGACCGAACUGGAUCACGGCGUUGCACCGGACAGCAGAAGCCGUAAUCGAAACGAAGGCGAUCCCAAGGACGACGGAGACGGGACUCUCAAUCUCAAAGAUAUGAUUGAGAGCAUGAGUCCGAAAAAGAAGCCCUUGAGGGGCCGCAAGAGUCUCCACGUGGGCAGCGCAAUGGGACUUCUAGGCAAGCGACCAGCUGAGCUCGACGAAGAGGACGAAGCAGAGGAAAUGGACGGCGUGAAGAGGUUGAAGGGUCACCAAGGCAGCCCUGUUAAGAACGUGAAGCUUCAGCAGCCACCAAGCAUGGCAGAAACCACGGGUCGGCGGGUCGCACGGCCCUCGCAACACCGUGGCCAGGGCAUUGAGACGCGAAGAGGGACGACACCCAGUCCCGUUGCAUCGCCUGAGAAGGAGGGCGGCGCUGUGGGUUCCUCACAAGGUCGAGGCCAUCCCCACUACGGCGAGGAUGACGCCUCUACGCAGCCAGUGGAUUCCCAUCGCAGUCAGACGAGUAGCAGCAAGCACUCAUUGAAAGGUGGUCAUCCCGCCGGCGACCGGAUCCACCUCCAAGACUUCCUCAACAUGACAUCGAUUCGGUUUAUGGAGCUCACCACAACGAAGCGGAGGCACACGCAGGCGCCGGAUGCGCUCAAGGACGGCAUCCCGGAAGGCGAGGACCACUUCCCGCUGGAGCGGUGCGUGGUGGCCGGGGCGUGCACGGUGCCGAUGCUGGAGCUCUACCAGCACUCCUGCCGCGAGCUGAAGAAGUACAUCUCGGAGGGCCGGCGGAUCGUGCGCGAGAUCGAGGCGGAGACGUUGGAGGACAACCCGCCGCUCUUCCGGGAGUACAUGUCGGCGGCGGCCGAGUUCAAGAGCGUGCUGGACAACCAGUUCAAGAACAGCAAGACGCACGCGCGGCUGGAGAGCAAGGCGAUGUGGUACGACUGGCGCACGGCGCUCCAGGAGGGGCUCCGGGAGGGCCUCCAGCGGAUCGCCGAGGGCAUGGGCGCCGACGCGCAGCUCUUCCGGCAGCAGGAGAAGCUCCUGGCGUCCGUGGUCCCGGGGCUCGUGGCCCGGUUCGAGGAGUUGGCUGAGGAGCGGGGCGACCUCGAGGCGGUGGCGCGGGACUUGGCGGAUAGCGACCCUGCGGAGCUCGAGGCGGUGCGGGCGCAGCUGCGCAAGGUCGAUGAGGAUGUGGAGGAGAAGAGGCGACGGGUUCGCGAGCUUCGUCAACAGCUGCAGGAGUCGGAGGAGGAUGUCGAACAACUGAGUGCGCGGAAGAACGAGUGCCUCGCGGAUAUUCGAGAAUCGGAGAAGAUUCGCGAGGAGUGCCGAGGAUGGUCGACGGGCGAGAUUAUUUCCCUGCAAGAGCGAGUGGACGAGAUGGAGAAACAGUACGGCUGGGCCAUCACUGGUACUUCUGGAACGACAAUCUCCAUGGCCUACAAGCGGGACAUUGAGCUCGUGUUCAACGUCAGUUCCCUCCAGCGAGACCAUAAAAACGCGCAGAUCGAUUUGUGGUAUGUCGCGUCGAACCGCGAGACGGGCGCGGAGCCUUCGAAGCCUUCGACAGCCGAGUCGGAAUUUUUCCUGCAAUGCAUCCGAGAUCACGUGCGCGCACUCCCGCAGAGCCCCACUAAAAUCCCGGACCUUCUCCGCACGGUCCGGACGUCGUGGGACUUGGCGGUCUCCACUCGGAGCCAAAUCCGGAGGAUCAACACCACGUUCCCGACAACGGUCGUCCGGACUUCCGACUCGUCGAUUGCCAUCUGCUCCUCACUUCUCCUGGUCCCCAUCGAGACUAGAGUAGAGGUCUCUCUUCACGUGCAGGCUGCCAGCCGGCCCGACGGGGUGGAGUUUUCUCUUCAUCCCCAGGCGAGAGUGGUGUACGGGGAGACGUUCAAUGCGGGGAAGAUGUCCGAGUUUCUUUCGACGCAUUUGGGUGAGAUGGUUAGGCCUGUUGGCGAAGGUGCGCCCUCUUGGUGUGACGUGCUUGUUGAUCUUCAUGAGAGACUGCUCGCCCGAGGCAGGAAAUAGAGGAUAUGGGAUGGGUUAGGCUGCAUGCCUUGGCAAGGGUUCGGGCUGGGUGGUUUAGGGCUUGUUUGAUACCAUUAUGCUUUUUAUGCCUUGACGAACAACUUAAUGGGGUCUUAGGAAUAUUAAUAUUAUUGCGGGAUGACACCUUGGCAUGGCGGGUUUUCAGGGGCAAUCCGCUAUCUUUUUAUUCUUUAGUGUUAUUGCUUCAUGAUUCAUCAUGCGGUAUCAUUUCGUGUAUUCGUAUUGUACGAUGAAAAAAAGGUCUCAAAAGGGCACCCC